GCCAUCUUUCUCCACUCUCGAUUCGUCUCUCUUUCUGGCUCUCUCGAUUCACGUUCAGGUAUUGAUGUUUCAUUCGAAUUCAAACGAUUCUCGAUUAUUAUGCUCGUUUUCCGAACUCUUUAAUUUCAGUUGAGGAAAAGCUGAAGUCCCAUGAAAACUGCUAGAAAGCGGAAGGCAAAAGAAGUUGAAGCUUCUAUAAAGCAUAACAUGAUUUCAGUUUCCACUGAAAUAGAUGGAUCUACAAACAGAAUUGGAGGGUUGGGUUUGAUAUCUAAAGGAUAUUGUUCAAAUGUGUCAAAAACAACAAAAAAACUUCCAGUCCUCGAGCAAUAUUCAGGACCAACCCUGGACCCUUCAGUGAAGAUCAAGUUGCAGCUUUUUCCAAUUGAUGAAGGCACUCGCAUGGGAUUGGAAAAGGAUGGAUAUCAUCCAUACCUAGAACUUAUUUUAAGUGCUCGGAAGAAGAUUUCAUCUGUGAUUAAGCACCUUAAAAGCAAGUGGGGUGGUUCAAAUGUUGCUCUUGGUGAACCUAUUCUCUUCCCAUACAAUAGGUCUGGAGAUUAUGCUGGUUACAGAUGGACAUCAUGUGAUACUGACACAACAGCAGGAGAGGUCCAUUCAAUUAUUGGCAGUCCUCCUGUGUACCGCUUAAGGUAUGGCUGGUUCUCUAUAUCUGAAACCAAAAGUUCUGGAGCGCCUGGUACUUUGAAUGACCUUCGGUCAUGUUUGCAGUUCAACAGCAGGCUGAAAACUUUUGGUAUGAAUGUGCAAAAUACAAAUGAUGAAGAGAGGCAACUUGAGGUUGCAACAGAGUCUAAACAAAACAUUGAAAAUGGAGCAACACUUGUAACUAUGGCUGAGAAAAAGUCUUCAAAUGGAUCGAUUGAUCUUAAGGAUAAUGAAGCGAAGAUUUAUAUUGGUAAUGCACACUCAUCUGCAUUUUGGGAUGAUAAUCUAACUACAAUAAGCAUUGGAGGCCUGCUGUCUGAAGCAUCCUUGCAGAGCAUGCUUAAUAAAUGUGAUCCCAGAUCAAAUGGAAGCAAUGCAGGACAUCAACCAUCUCAAUUAUUCUCAGAUUCACUUGAUGCUUGUAUUGCUGCCCAAAUGAAUCAUUCCCAAGCUCCGAGUCUGCCUCGUCAAGAAUCGCGCUCAUCUAUACUGGAUGCUGAAGAUACUUGCCAUGCAUUUCCUGGUCAAAAAUUCUCUUCCUCAGGCAAAGAUGUUUUACCUAAGCCAUUCAAAUACCCACUUGCAACUGAGGAAUACCCAAAUGCAACAAAGGUCAAUGUCCAAUCUGGGCUUCCAGAUGGCCACACUAAUGAAAAGACUGAAACAGACUCGCUGCUUAGUUCACGAAUAUGUAAUGAUGAAAGCAGCCUUGGACUGUCAGGCAUAAAAUGGACGGAAUCUUUGGGACCCUUUGAUCUCGGUUUAUCUUCCUCCCGAAAGAUUAUCAGUGGCGACAAUUUAAGCAUUGGUGGAAUUAUUAGCUAGCCAUGUAUUUUUGGUCACUGCUGCUCUCAGAAAAAUGUAGAGGAUACAAGGAAACUGAAAAAUAGAGCUGCAACUUGCAACUGUAGGAAUGACUAUUAACAAUUUAACAUAUCAAUUUUACAUUUGCUAGGGCUGGGGUUGCAUUUGAAAGCAUUUUCAAGGAAUAACGCUUCAAAUAAUCUUGAAAAAGGUUGAUGG